AUGAACAUCAUAAAGAAGUUCAUGGAUUCUGGAGUGAAGCCAGAACUUGUUUCAAUACCAGCCGGUCAAUUUUUCCUGUUAAGACCGAAGUCUUCACCGAAAGCCACCCUUGAAUGCCUUUACAACGAUGCUACUCUCGCUAUCAGGGAAAGCGGAACACAUAGGUUUGAGUUGGUGGUGAGUAAAGAGACGGAUGAUUCUGAACUAGCGUCUGGUGAUGGGACUGAAGACUUCGAAGACGAUGGCUUGAGUGUUCUCUCUGGCCAGUCCAAGAAGGAAGAAGAAUGGAGCUUCAAUCUUGACGAAUCCCUGUUGUUUCACAAGUCGUGGAGUGAACAGGGAGACGUUGUAUUUGUUUGGAAAAACAGUAAAGGAGACUUGGGUGAGAAAUUCCAGUUUGUGGUGAAUGCAGAAGUGCCUUUCUCGGAUGUGGGUCAUUUCCUACACACAGCUUAUCUCUGCGAAUUUGAGUUCAAGUAUAAAAAAUCAGCUAGUAAAGCUGUACGUGAGGAUUUGCAACAAUUUGAUUUCUCGCAUGGAACAGAUGAAAACACUCUGACUGAAGAUGGUGAAGGUGAAGAUUCAGAAACUACCCGGUUACAAGCAUCGAUGAGAGUUCUUACAGUGCAGAGUAGCUCCGAAAGCGAAAGCGGAGAGGAAUCUUUCAAUGAACUUUUCGAAGAUGCCCUAGACGGCUCGAUCCCCAAGGAAAACCAUAAAGAUGUACUUCGCAAAAGCAAGGCGUCAGUAACCAUUUUAGAGCAUACCGCCAGUCUCUUUAUCUACGACCCGGGUGUGCAGAAACUGGUACCUCAGGACAGUGGUUGCAAGGUGUCGAUAUUGGAUUACGGUAACUUCGAGUAUUGGCUGUCGGUAGUUAGCGAUUCCAUAAAACUGGGAGUUGAUAUCAGCCCCUCGGUGAAUCCUUACUUCGAGAAGAGUUGUCGGAGUUUUAUCUUUAACUAUACGAUGGAACAUAUAACAGUAUCAUAUAUGCUGGAGUUCGAAUUGGAUGACGUUUUCAUGCAGUUCCAAAGAACAUGGACUCAAGCCCUUUGGGAAGGUCUCAACCAAAAAAGCUGGGAGAGCAUUAACGCUUACGAGAAAGACUGUAUUGCCGGUGCCAGUGAAGAGGAUCCGAGUAAGGAAUUAAAGCUUUUUUUGGAAGAGGACGAGGAUAGUGAUACUAGCAACAGCGAAUCAUCGGAGGAUGAAGAGUUCGAAGAUGACAACCAGCAGGGUGAUGCUGAAUCUUUUGAUGAAAAUGCUGCUGAAGAACAGUACCGGACCUCAACUGCUCUUUCUGGCAACAAGUCAUUGACCGUUUCCUUCAACAACGAUCGGUCGUAUGUCACCAGAGGCAAAAAAAUUGGUGUUUUCAAAACUGACGAAGAUGGACAUGAUCUGAACUUUGUCACUGCCAUCAACAAUGUAAGCGAUGUUAAAGGCAAGGAGUUUGAACCAGAAAAUCCUAUGCUUUACACUGAAGAUGAGGCCAUGAUCAUCCAAGAUAAGAAUGACCCCUCUCGCAUCUUCAAGCUGAAUCUUGAGCGUGGUAAGGUUGUGGAAGAAUAUUCCGCUGGUGGCAAAGACAUUUUAAAAUACUCACACUCCAAAAAAUUCGAUCAGCUAACGAACGAGCAAACCUUUUUGGGAAUUUCGGGGAAGAGUAUUUUUAGGCUUGACCCGAGGAUAAGCGGGGAAAACAAGGUUGUCACCGAGGAAAAUAAGGACUACGCUACAAACUAUGGCUUCAGCUCGCUUGCAACAAGUCAAGAUGGUUAUGUAGCGAUCGGCUCUGGUAAGGGAGAUAUUAGAUUAUUCGAUAAGCUUGGCAUACGAGCGAAGACCUUGAUUCCAGCACUGGGUGAACCUAUCAAACACAUCUGCAUUUCUGCUGAUGGGAAAUGGUUACUAGCUACUUGUGAUUCUUCUCUUCUUCUGGUAGACGUGACUAUUAAGGAAGGGAAGAACGCUGGCAACGUAGGGUUUUUGAAGUCGUUUUCCAAAGACGAAAUGCCCAAAAUUCACAUUUUAAAAUUGCACCCAAAGACUGCAGCCUAUAUGAAAACAUCUACGAAGCAACCUAUUCAAUUCACAAAGGCUUACUUCAACACAGGCAUAAAUCAAAAGGAGCAGACCAUUGUGACUUCGACCGGACCGUUCGCGAUAACCUGGUCGUUAAAGAAAGUCCUUCGUGGUGACAAAAUGUCGUAUCUCAUUAAGAAAUACAAUUCGCUAAUAAUGGAGGACAAUUUCAGAUACGGUUCGGACAAUAAUGUCAUUUUGGCCUUAAGGGACAACGUCAAAAUGGCCAAAAAGAGCAAAUUCAAAGCUCCUUCUGCUGAAAUGAAGCACCAAAACAACUGGAAUGAGUUUCUGGAGCUCUCGGAAAAAGCUGUCAAAAAAUGA